AUGUAAACAAGAUGGCAACCUUUCAUGGUUCGGGCUUCGCCAAGGAUCUGUUAAGCAGUCUUAGUGCUGAAGUUCUUUAUAUUAUUCUGUCAUAUCUUCCAGCAAAGUCUUUGUUAAAUGUUAGCGAAUGCAAUCGCCGUUUACGGGAUUUAUGUCAGAACUGUAACUCGCUUUGGAAGCAUCUUUGCAAGAUUGACUUUGAUGCUGACUUGACUGUGAAAGGCUCUUUUCCGUCCUUCUUCAUCUUGUAUCAGCUGCUUUACAAAUCCCGCAUUAUCCUUGAGGACACAGAUUAUAGCACAUAUAGCGGUUAUUUACCAGAUUGGUUGUAUUAUUGGAGUGCACUAAGUACCAAGCCCCCCCUCCCUGGCUUUUACAGCUUACCAGCAGGAAGGACAAAGAAAACUUGGGGUCUUACAGAAGAGGACUUGACCAACUACCAGAUCAAAUGUAACAAAUCUUGUGCGGUAAGAAUAGAGCGGUAUUACACUUGGACAGAUGGGGUAGAAGCAGCACUCUGUAAACACAAGAGUAAACAACGAUUCCAUGAGGUGGCUCUGAAGCGGUGCAUGCGAAGUCAAAAACAAAUUCACAAGACCUUUCCAAAGGCCUCAUGUUCUCAAAGAAAAAGAGCUUUUAACAAAUUCCAGAAUGAGCAUCGCAGCCAAAGAAACAUUCUGUCCAAGCAAAAGGAAGGUGCAAGUGAAUACAUGAGUCUACAGUCUCCCCACAAGAUUGGCCAAGAUUAUAUUGAUGGAUAUCUUCACAAGAGCGGCAUCAAACAACUUGAAAGCUAUGUUGAAUUUGCUAAACGCCUUGAACAAGAAGUUGACGUAGCAGAGCUGUCUAAAGACAUUCCAGUGUGUGUUCUUCUCGUUUAUGAUAAAAUGUCUUCCUUAGCGCAGCAAAGGUUCAUUUCGGCGGAGGAAUUCCUUGAUGUUGCGAAGGAUUACUUCGAAAGAGUAAAGAGAGUUUGGAAUUGGCAGAAUGAAAAUGGGCCUGAGGCAAGGCAGGCAUUCCGGGAUUGUUCAGUUGUAAAAACACAUUCGUCCUAUAGCGCAUUUGUUCAAACUGGGAAUGAGUCACAUUUUAGGAAUCUUCGACUCAAUUUUGAGGGACUAGAAAAGUUACAAACAUGGCUUGAUGAAAACCAGUGGAUUACUAAGCUACUAGAUCCAAACUUUGUUACAAUUCUCCGUGGAGCUCCGUUGCAGAAAUUACCGUCAAACGAACUCAGCACUCAGGCGUUUCAUGCGUUGAGAAAGAUGGUGAGAAUCUUCCUCAAAACCGGACGGAGAAUCGACUUCGAUAGAAUUCUAAGAAGACUGGCCGAAUCUGCCAAAAUAUUUUUGCACACGAACUUGGAAUACGUGGAAAACUUAGAGAGGACCCUUUCACGCGAGUAAAUUGUGAUUAGAUUCCAGUUUCCCCUCUUUGGAGUUUUAACAAAUUGCGACUGCGGGUAUAUGGAGAAUUGAUAAUCUGAACUUCUCAACACUAAGAAAAAAAAUCUGGGUAAUACUUCGCUUCUCCUUAGCGAUAAUAUACUCAGCGAAAACGAGUUUGUGAGAAAUUUGCGAUAUGAAAUGAGGCUUCUUCACAAUUACAGUACGUAAAGAGUAUCUCUUCGCUCUUCGUUCCUUUACCGUCAGAAGCUCUUUGAGUUAAUUCCCUUCGAUAAGUGUGGUAUUGCAAGACCAUGUUCAUCCUUUUCCCUUUCGUUCUAUUCCAUCCUAUUUUCAAAUCCUUGACCAAUUUUUCUCAUCAAAUUCCCUUGAUUUGACUUGGGGAACUCUGUGAUCAUGCAUUAUUUACCUCUACUGAGUAAUUCAUGGAGAAGCCCGCGAGACCCCUUGCAAUGACUUGUCUGUGCGAUAAGCCCUGACUAUUCCUAUUAUUUAUUGGAAUUCGAUGUUACUAGAUUAAAAAUAGUGCUUUGGGAUUAAAAAGCGAUCGCUGUCAAUUCUCUUAACUUUGUGAAACAAAACACGAUUUUUUUUCCAAGAUCUCUUAGUUUGCUAUUUACGUGGACGGAGAGUUAUUUUUCCAGUUCUAUUAUAAAAUUCCCUUCUCCGUUAGUCCGAGACAACCUAGUGUGCUCUUUUAGUGAGCUUUCUCGAAGUAAUUAUGUGUUUAAUACACAAAAUCAGUGUGAGCACCAUUUACUUGCCGUUCCGUUUACAAUUAACUGAUUAAUCCAAAAGUUUGGAAUAUUCAUAUCAUUCGGGCACCAUUUAUUAAUAGAUGUUCUCAGCGUUAAACAGUUUAAAGCUUUUCCGCUCUGCAGCCCUCGAGCAAAAGCCUUCGACAUUAACUAAGCAAUAGUAAAGUUAAAGAGAGAAAGUUUCUAAAGAAACUGUGGUUCUGCGUCGGUGGCAAAGAAUAAAAGGGUUAUUGAGAAUUA